CUCGUCUUCCUCGUCCUUGCUCGCUCACAGUUUCUUCAGUGCAUUCAUUACAGGACCAAGGCAAAGAACUGAAAUAACAAGAUAAAAUGUCAGGUGAAGAGAAUGUUGCUGCUGAGGCACCUGCUCCUGCUCCGGCUCUCGGUGAGCCCAUGGAUGCAAUGACAGCAUUGCAGCUUGUAUUGAGGAAAUCAUUGGCCCAUGGUGGGUUGGCUCGAGGUCUUCAUCAAGGUGCCAAAGUGAUUGAGAAGCAUGCUGCCCAAUUGUGUGUGUUGGCAGAGGACUGCGAUCAGCCAGAUUAUGUUAAGUUGGUCAAAGCACUUUGUACUGACCACAAUGUGAACCUAAUUACAGUUCCUAGUGCAAAGACACUUGGAGAGUGGGCCGGUCUGUGCAAGAUUGAUUCUGAGGGGAAAGCUAGGAAGGUGGUCGGAUGUUCUUGUGUUGUUGUGAAGGAUUUUGGAGAGGAAACCGAAGGUCUCCAUGUUGUUCAGGAGUAUGUGAAAUCUCACUGACUAGUACUGGCUUUGUAGUUGUAGACUCGUUUGCAGAUUAUCUAUAGUGAUGGCCAAUUUGGCAUUUUGUUUGAGACUUCCUAAGAAUCUAUUUAUAGUUCGAGCACCAUUGACCAAUAAUAUUUGUGGGUUUUGAUGAUUACACUUAAAUUUUAUUGCUCCAUUGCAUUGUA